AAUUUAUCACUACUUUGUCCUUUUGUCCUCUUGUUUAUGCACUGCUCUGGAAAUCCUACAGUGUAGAAAAUAGUUAACAAUUUAAUUUUAGAAGAAUUUUUGAGCUCUGCAUAAAAUUUCCUCAAGGUUGAGUGAAAAAGAGGACACAACCAAAACAAUGGACGCUAACUCUGAUAAUAACUUAUCCGCCUUCGUUUUCGGAUACACGGGAGGAGUGGGACGUUGCAUCGUGAAUGCUCUCGCAGUGGAACCACGAUUUAAAAAGGUCACCUUAUUCGGCCGUAGAACAGUAGAUUUGGAGGAAAAAGACAAAAAAUCUACAGCUGCCUCCGCCGAUUUUACGAAAUUCACCCAGGAUGUCGUAGACUUUGACAAACUGACGGAAGAUUCGGAAUAUUUCGCGGAGAAAUUGAAAGGUUUUGAUGUCGGGAUUUAUGCGUUGGGAGUGAAUCCACUGAAAACGGAUGAAGAAACGUUUCAACGGACGACGAGGGGGUGGCUCCUGGCCAUCGCGAAAUUAGCGAGGGACGGCGGUUGUCGCCAUUUCCAUAGAAUGAGUGGCGCCUUGGUGAAUGAAAAUUCGUGGUGGAAGUUUGGCCGUUUCGGCGGUGAAACGGAUGCCCUCCUUGGCAAAAUAAGUUACCCUCGGAUAUCCAUCUAUAAACCGGCCACUAUUCUGACGGAAUUCAACAGUGGGGGGAUGGUUGGACCCAGGGGGGUGUCCGUUAUGCGUCUCCUGGACAGAUUUCGGUGGUGGUCGGUGGAAGGGGAAACCGUUGGCCAGUUUUUGGUACAGAAUUGCUUCACCAAGCCGAAAGAUGCAAAUAAUUCUGUCGAGGUAUUUACGAAUGCUGAAAUAAACCGAUGGGGGAAACUACAAAAGAAAUAAUCACUCUGUAGGAGUAAUGGUUUGAUAUCUUCCAGUUUGUGGAUUUUAACUUUAUGUAAAAAAUUGUAUUCGUCAAUAAAAAGAUUUUCUUGAAGAACUA